AUGUCAUUUUCCGACUCCGAUUCCGAUUACGAACUCGACGAUGCUGUCAGAAUAGGAGAGUGCUUCUAUGACAUUGGUCAUGUCCCUCCAAACUCGAACAACUGUUCCGAAGAUGAAGGAAUUCGGGACGUUCAAAGUGACGACGAUCUUGAAAUGGCAUCGUGCAGCAGUUAUCCCGACGAUAGUCCUGUCCUUAUAUCCGUUGACGCUAUUGAAAUUCGAUUCACUUCUAGUGAUCCGGAUGACAAACUUCUGAGAAGAUACGGUGAGGUUCGAGGCACGACUUUUGCAUGGCGUGUUCAGCUUGCAGGUACUAUAGAAACGGAUUCAUUAGAGGUCUGUUCGGAAGGACGAGAGUUUGUUAUGCGUAAGCAGGAAGGUGGUCAAUGGGGCCGUUUAAGCAGCUCGACAACGUCGAUUCGAUCUGGUAAUUACACCACGCCACGUAACUAUGGCUCGAGUCUGAGCUCCUAUCGAUAUUCGGCCUCUUCAUACACACCAUCGACACGUCCUACUACUACAUCGUCGUCUGCGUCUGCUUCCGAUGCCAACAGAGGUAGCAUGACGCUGACACGAUCCAGCACAACUGCUGCUUCGAAUGGGACUGCACUGACCAGAUCGUCGUCAGUGUCACCUGGAUACCAGCGAUCGCCAUAUACCACACCAGCAGCCUCCCGCAGCUCGGCGUUCUCUCCUUCCACCUUCGCAUCUGGAACAGGUUCCGCAACACUUGGGGCUACGGCUGGUGCACGAUCUUAUGGCUCAUCCAUGGGCCAUAGCCCGUCCAGCUACACAUUGUCUUCAGCUGCAGCCGCUCCUCCACCUGGUAAUUUCGCUGGAGGUCAAGCUGCUCCGGCGAACGCUUCACCACCCAACGCCGUGCGCAGCAGGUCGUCAUCAGCAAUUGCAAGUUACCGCAGCGUGAACGUGGCUCAAUUGAAUCAACAAGCACGUGAACGAGCCGAGAGAGAUGAGAAAUGCCGCGAAUACAAGGAAUGGGAAGAACGUGAACGCAUGCGUGUGGAGAUGAGGAGCCACCGGUGGUGGACUUCAGAAUGA